AAAUGCCUUUGGCUUUAUCACUUUAUCUGUAGCCUAACUUAAUUGCUAUUAAGCAGGCUUAGGCCUAAUAUAAAUGUAUUCGGUCACCAUGACAAUACAUUGCUUGUUAAAACAUUAAGAAGAGCACACUUGCUCUACUGUCCCCCCCACAGACAGCUCACCAGAAACCUGCUCACGCCCUCAGUCAGCUACAUCCUAGACCCCGGUUGAUUACCCCACCACCACCUCCUCCUCACCCCACCCCCUUCCUCCUCUUUACACACCGGCUCGCAACCACCCAAGCCAGCCAGUCACCUCAAGUCCGACCGGCCGGCUGGAGCGGAGGCAGACAAACAGACCCAGAGCAGCCAGGGCGAUUCUGCCGCGGGUUUUGUUGGCUCAUCAAAGAGACACCGGAGCAGAAGAGGAGAAUGGCACGGCGGUGCCUGGAUCAGGACUGAGUUUGGUCGGCACAUUGAGAGCUCCUCCGAAGCGUUUUCAAGUCCUUUCUCCCGGCUUAGAGUCACGUUUUCACCGCUGACACAAUGGGCUGCUGCAGCGGACGAUGCACUCUCAUCUUUAUUUGCACUUUACAGUUGGUGUUGGCUUUAGAAAGACAGGUCUUUGACUUCCUGGGCUACCAGUGGGCCCCAAUCCUCGCCAACUUCUUCCACAUCAUCAUUGUCAUCCUCGGCCUCUUUGGCACCAUCCAGUACCGGCCGCGCUACAUUGUGGUGUAUACAAUAUGGGCUGCUCUGUGGGUGGCCUGGAACGUCUUCAUCAUCUGUUUCUACCUGGACGUAGGAGGCCUGUCCAAGGACAGUGACCUGCUAACAUUUAACAUCUCAGCCCAUCACUCUUGGUGGAGCGAACACGGGCCCGGCUGUGUGAGGAGAGAGAUGCCGCAGGCUUCAGGGGUCCGCACUACAGAGAGCCACUCCUACAUCACUGUCAUGGGCUGCCUCAUGGACUACCAGUACAUCGAGGUUGUGCAUAGCGGCACACAGAUUCUUGUUGCUCUCCUGGGCUUCGUGUACGCCUGUUAUGUUGUCAGCGCUAUCACUGAGGAGGAGGACAGCUUUGAUUUUAUUGGUGGAUUUGACCCAUUCCCACUCUACCAUGUCAAUGAGAAACCAUCUCAUCUGCUCUUAAAGCCCAUGUACCUGUCUACGUAAAUAGGAGAGCGUCCAGUGGGGCGGUGACACAGCAAAUUCCCACGGAGACAAAAUGGCUAUUUUGACACAAACGUCAGAUAUUCCUCCUCUUCUUCAUUUCAGUACUUUAAACAUGUCAUUUACUGGUGUGCUGCCUGGAAAAGCCAACACAUCUCAGUUAGGGUCCAUUGUUUUCCAGGGAGGGAUGACGGGUUCAGGGAAAGGGGGGAUUACAGUGUAACAAAGCCUCAUGUUGUGUGUUUAGAGAAGUAUCAAUCAUUUUCUUUGUACUGAGUUCUCUGCUGAGGUCCCAUUGCCGUGACCUGCCUAUAAUGGUUUAAUACUUCCCAAGAACAUGACCAUAUAGAGCAUGUACAGCCUAUAAAUACAUUGUGUAUGCAAUCAGGGACUGCCCAUCAUUCCCAGUCUGUGGUACUGUGUCUUAGAGGACUCAGUGAUUUAGCAUGUUAUUGCUGGUUUGGCUCAGAUCUUGGCCGGAGGGCUGAAUUACAGUGGAGCCUGUGGAAUGAGCUAUUGUGCGCUGCCUGUUUACUUUAGGCCAGGAUCUGUGCAUAAAUACACAAGCAAAGCAGGAAGAGGCAGGGGAGUGGAGAGGAGGUAGAGGGAGGGGAGGGAACAAAAGCACCAAACCUACAGGGGCGUCUGUCAAAAAUAGAAAAUGUAAAUAAUGAAACAAAUUUGGGGGGGGGGGGGUAGAGUUUGAAAUGUGAACUAUCAAGAAUGCAAAAGAGCGUUAGUAUGUAAGAGGUGUUCAAACACAAGGGAUGGCAUGUGAGUCUUACUUUUUAUUUCUGGAGUCUUAUUAUUGUGACUGUUUCACCAACAGCCAAGUCAGAAUCUCUGAAAUGUCGGGUGUUUGUUAGAAGAUGUGCUGAAAGCUUUGUUUUCACUUCAGUUCUUCUCCUCUAACUGCUGACACAUCAGGCUGCUGACAGGGGUGAUCAUUACACACACUCAAGAAAAGGUUAUACAAGAUAUUUUUAACUUCGAGAGAACAAUAGAAAUUGUUUUACUAUCCAUAUUGCGCACAGCAGUGUUGAGUUAUAUGGGUAUGGUCUUCAGUGUAGAAGUAGCAAGGCUAUACCUGAGUGAACCGGAGCAUUGUCUCCUGUCACUUCAACAGUUUAGAUCCUCAGUGGUGAUAGUCUCAGUUGUGAUUAUUUUAUAGCAUGUUUUUUUUCACAGGGUUUGUAUUGUAAUUAUGUGUAUAACAUUAUUAAGUAAUGACAAAAUAGCAAAACUGAUGUCUUCAACUCGCUGUAUAUGAGCUAGUUAAACAGUAACUGAAAGCUUCUGCUAAGUAUUCAGAUUUAUUUUAUUCUGACCCAGCAACAUAACACAUCUUUAUUUAGGCACAAGUGCACACGCGUGGGUCAUAUCUCCUAUACCGAUUGGUAGCACUUUUGUUUUUGUUAAUCUUAGAUGUUUCUCAACUAAAGUCAGUUUGAGUCAGCUCCCCUGUCGCCUUACUGUUUGUGUGAAUCACUACUGCUCUCUGGUGUUAGAAGUGUUCAUGUACAAGUCGCAAGGCUACUGAGUUUCUGCUACAGGUAUGCUAUUCCAUAAAUCUCAGUUUUGUCUUAAAACUUUUUUUUUGUCUACAGAUAACAGUAAAUCUCCAAAUAGUUUGUUUUUGCUGGGUAAUUGUCAUGUAGGAGGAGUCAGUGCUUUGCCCUGGUUGUUUCAAUGUUACACUCAUUUUAGGUUAAGGUCAUUUUUUUGCCCACUGCAUUUGAAUCCAGAACAUUUUCCGCAUGUUAGUUGUUUGAUUACAGUAUUUCUUGGUGCUAAGUUUGAAAUUGUCUGCUUAGCUUAUUUUUUUGUAAUCAAAAGAGCUGUGAACAAAUAAGUAGCUUUCUGUUCAUUCCGUUCUCAGUCCUGUUUUGUCUAUUGUCAGCACCUAAAAAUAUCCUGCUGUUAAUGAUCCUGAAAAUCAUCUGACCACUUCUGCUGGCUAAUUUCAGAAUGAUGAGAGUGAACCAUUUUGAUUUGAUUGGUCACCUCUCUAUUGGCAUGAUGCAAUAAUUUAUAUGUCAUUAUCGUCUUUAAUAAUUUUAAGUUUACACACUCCUGUUAGGCAAACUGGUGUAUGGUUAAGUUAAAAACACAAAGCACCUCAUAUUGUAACAUAAUCAGUAUUAGUAGUAAAUGCUACUAAAAUCGUUAUGUAAAAACUAGUCUUCCUCUCUGUGCAAUACAGCCUCUUCCUAAUCCCCGGUAAAUUGAAAUUAGUUGACACCUGUUACGGUUGUGUAUGUAUGUGCUAGUCUCCACUGAAAAAGAUUCCACCUAUUUGUAGAUAAUUCUUUUUCUUUGUAUAGAAAGUGGGAAAGAUCUUUUUUUUGUAUUUCUCUCUUCUAUUUUGUGUCCUGUGUUGCGCCAACCCCAUGUGACCUAAUUGUGUAAUCCUAUUUAUCCAGAACUGUGCUUUGUGUUCAUGUAAAUAGGUGUUUGUUAAUAAAAGAAUGUGCUCUUUUAA